UCUUUGGGGCGGGGCCUCCUCGGUCUCCGCCGUGCGGGGCGGAGCUCCGGACUGGUGUGCGGCGUGCUGCCGCGCCCCUGGGCUCCUAGCCGCGGGUCUUGGGCUUUUCGCGCGGCACGCGGGCUUGUCCAUGGACCGCGCGGCCGUGGCGCGGGUGGGCGCGGUGGCGAGCGCCAGUGUGUGCGCGGUGGUGGCGGGCGUGGUGCUGGCCCAGUACAUAUUCACCUUGAAGAGAAAGACGGGCCGCAAGACCAAGAUCAUCGAGAUGAAGAUUGGAUAACCAAGAAAUGACUAAUCAGGAGUCUGCUGUCCAUUUGAAAAUGAUGCCAGAAUUCCAGAAAAGCUCAGUUCGCAUCAAGAACCCUACAAGAGUAGAAGAAAUUAUCUGUGGUCUCAUUAAAGGAGGAGCUGCCAAACUCCAGAUAAUAACAGACUUUGAUAUGACGCUAAGUAGGUUUUCCUACAAUGGAAAAAGAUGCCCAACAUGUCAUAAUAUCAUUGACAACUGUAAACUUGUUACAGACGAAUGCCGAAGAAAGUUACUGCAGCUGAAGGAGCGGUAUUACGCUAUUGAGGUUGACCCUGACCUCACUGUGGAAGAGAAGUUCCCUCACAUAGUAGAGUGGUAUACUAAAUCACAUGGUUUGCUUGUUGAACAAGGCAUACCAAAAGCCAAACUUAAAGAGAUUGUGGCAGACUCUGAUGUCAUGCUCAAGGAAGGAUAUGAGAAUUUCUUUGGUAAACUUCAACAGCACAGCAUUCCCGUGUUCAUAUUUUCGGCUGGUAUCGGUGACGUGCUUGAAGAAGUUAUACGUCAAGCUGGAGUUUAUCAUUCAAAUGUCAAAGUAGUAUCCAACUUCAUGGAUUUUGAUGAAAAUGGAGUGCUGAAAGGAUUCAAAGGAGAACUAAUUCAUGUAUUCAACAAACACGAUGGUGCCUUGAAGAAUACAGACUAUUUCAGCCAGCUGAAAGACAACAGCAACAUCAUUCUGCUGGGGGACUCCCAGGGAGACUUGAGGAUGGCAGACGGUGUAGCUAACGUUGAACACAUUCUGAAAAUUGGAUAUCUGAAUGACAGAGUAGAUGAGCUUUUAGAAAAAUACAUGGACUCUUACGAUAUUGUUUUAGUAAAAGAAGAAUCACUGGAGGUCGUCAACUCGAUUUUACAAAAGACAUUAUAAACAAACCGUUCGUGAGAGGACGUCUCCCACAGGUGCAGCUGAAACCAGCACUGGCCAGCUUGAAGAAAGACUCUUAUUUAUAACACAUUCUUGCCCUUGGCAUUCCCCCUUCUCUUCCGAUGGGAGCCUUCUCAUCUGCAGACGGGUUGACCCUAUAAACUGCAGCCCCUUCUUCCCGCCUCCAUCAUGAUACCAGAUUUUUUAAGCAAUUAAAAAUGAUCUUAAGGCAAAAAUUAGAAAAUUAACUUCCUUUUCCAAAGUGAGUUUUGUAGUUUGGUGUUCUGCAGUUUCUGGGCACUUUACCAGGUGAGUGUGGAGGCUCAGAGGCCACUGUCUCGGUUGAUAGUGUCUCAUUUUAACCACUGCCAGCUUUGUACUUUGGGUGGAGUGUGAUGAGACCAUCUCCUGAAAUUGUGUUUUCUUUGGUUAUUUUGUCUGGAAAAAUAUUUGCCAGGGAAGUCCAGCACUUAGUAUGUGAAAAACUGUUGGUGUCUGUAUCACUAACAUUACAAAUAUUCUGUGUGAAACACUGAAAAUAAACCUGAAAUGGAAAGCUUUUUUAAAUUCU